AUUCGGUUUGGGAUUUGUUGCCCGGGUCUUUAACGGGUCGGACCAGAAAUGGAUCGAACCCAUUGGCGGAUUCGAUUCGAUUGGGCCCAACAUUGACUUGGACGAAAGAUUCAAUUUGGGCUGCUCAACCGAUUGAAGUCACACCAAGGCGAGCUCUCACAACCGCCGCUCCUGGACGUUUACCCAAGCUUCUCUUCCCGGUUUCAAGCCCCCGAUGCCAUCGAUCUGCUUCGCCGGAAUACUCCACCGACGCGCCGCGUCCCCGCACUCCGUUCCUCCUUUGCUUCAUCUCGUCUGGACGCGGCUGGUCAACCUCUUCGUCAUCUGGGACGAGCACCCGCCCGUACGCCCAAAUUCUCCAAUUAUUUCGAGUUCUUGAACCUUUGUGGGUCCAAAUUGGCGGCGAGGUGGAGCAUCCAACCACGGCAGGGGCUUCGCCCGUCGGCUUUGUGGUCUAGGGUUUCUUCUGAUCGGGUGGACCUCAUGGGCAAGUAUGUGAGAGUCCCUGCCAUUAGAGUUUCCAACAUCAGUGGAGGUAAGCAUUCAGUCUCUUUGUGCCACAAGGGAAGUAGUUCUAGUAGUAUUGAUGCCAACACUAGUAUGAGACGCACACAAAGUAAGCCUGAUGAAGCUCCAACCGUGGAACCAGUCAAUGGGAAAAUGAGUAUGGACAUUCAUGUACAAACGGAGGCUGUUAUCACAAUCAAAAGAAGUGCGAAAAUACAUGAUUUUUGCUUAGGAAUCCCCUUUGGUAUGCCAAUCAAACCUUUUAGUUGGAAGUGUAGGUUUCUUUUUGCUGGGGGGCUGCUUGGAUAUAUUUUCUCUAGAAAUCCUACAGGCAUGGUAAGUGGUGGUGUCAUAUUGGCUCUGAGUUUCUUUAGCCUAAAGGUUUGGAGGACUGGAAGAUCCAGCUUACCAUUUAUAUCGGAUCAAGCAGCCACAUCUGCCACACUUUGUCUGGAAUUUUCUGCAGAUGUACUCCUUGUCAAAUAAACUCUUCGCUACAGGAUUUUAUAUUUUCAUAAGUGUUGCAAUGAUUUGCUUUUAUUCGUAUGUGCUAAUCUCUGGAGACUCUCUAAGCGAUUGCAGACAGAAUACCCAGUUGUAUGAAAAAUUAUGUCAUAAAGAUCCAUUAUGUAAACUGAUAAUGGAGUCGUGGAAAUUUUUUUUGAUGAAAAGCUAGAACAUGAAUUGUGAAGUGUAUUAUUCCUUGGACAGAAGUUUGACUCCAGAAAACUGUCUGGUCGAAAUCUUGUGUGCUUUUAUCAUUGUCUAAAUAUAAUAUGAGUACUGGCAUUGUCUUUUUUCUUCACAA